AUGUUCUCGCCAUCGACGCUAUGGAAGUCGCCCGAGCUCAAUCCAAUCAACAAUAAGGCCAGGACUAUACCGUUGCUAAAUAUUGCAAACGUCCAUGGACGAGUAUUCUUCUUCUCUUGGCUAGGUUUCUUCAUUGCUUUCUGGUCCUGGUAUGCCUUCCCACCGCUCCUCAAGAGCGUCAUCGCCACGGAUCUCAAGCUCUCGCAACCACAAGUUUUGACUUCGAACAUCAUCGCUCUUCUUGCGACACUCCUUGUGCGAUUGGUCGCUGGACCAUGCUGUGAUGCAUUCGGUCCCCGUAAGACUUUUGCCGGAUGCUUGUUGAUUGGCGCCAUUCCGACAUUCCUCGCCGGUACCAUCCAGAACUUCGGAGGGCUCUGCGCGAUUCGAUUCUUCGUUGGCAUUCUCGGUGGCAGCUUCGUGCCCUGCCAAGUGUGGACGACCGCCUUCUACGACAAGAACAUCGUCGGCACGGCGAACUCGCUGACUGGAGGUUUCGGCAACUCUGGUGGUGGCGUGACAUACUUCGUGAUGCCGGCGGUGUACAACUCGCUGCGCUCUCAAGGUCUCAGCUCGGACAAAGCAUGGCGCGUAUCCUUCGUGGUCCCCGGUAUCCUCAUCGUCAGUGUGGCAAUCGCUCUGCUGGUGUUUACUCCCGAUACGCCGACCGGCAAGUGGAAGGACAGGGAAGUUGCUGUGCAGCGCGGCAUCGGGUCGAUUUCAGGGCAGGGUGCUCCAGUGGCUGCGGAUAGCGACACUGAGAAGGGCUCCAGCGGCAACAUCACUCCCCCGAACGAGGACAAGAAGGAUCUUGCCCCCGCGCCACUCAAGCAAGACACCCAGGUCGGCGAGCAGUACAACAUCAGCGAACAUCAGCAGGAGGUGAUCAUGAAGCCGACAUGGAAAGAGGCAAUGAAGGUCGUCCGAUCGCCACAGACUCUGGUCCUUGGCGCUUGCUACGCCUCCUCAUUCGGUGCUGAGCUUGCAGUCAACAGCAUCCUUGGCUCUUACUUCAAGAAGAACAACCCUCACCUCACCCUGCAAGGCUCUGGCAAUUGGGCAGCCAUGUUCGGUCUCAUGAACGUUGUGUUCCGCCCACUCGGUGGCGCAGUGGCAGACUUCGCCUACAAGAAGACUCACUCCCUUUGGGCGAAGAAGAUUCUGCUGCACAGCUACUGUCUCCUCGCUGGUGUGUUCCUCAUCGCCACUGGUCUCACCGACAGGCACAACGAUCUCGGCUGGAUGGUCGGUCUGUUGUGCAUUGGCUUCGCUUUCUUCGAUGAGGGUGCCAACGGCCUCAAUUUCGCUCUGGUGCCUCACGUCCACCCUUACGCCAACGGUAUCGUGUCUGGUGUCACUGGCGCGUGCGGCAACUUGGGUGGUAUCAUCUUCGCGAUCGUCUACAGAUACGGUGGUGACUACCAUAGGGCUACCUGGAUCAUUGGUGUCAUCAUGGUCGCUUUGCAGGUGUUGACGUUCUGGAUCAAGCCAGUGCCAGCUCACAGAGCUAUCUGA